CGGUACGAGGUACGACGGCUCGACGGAUCUCUAGAGGGUUGAUAAAGAUAAAGCCGUCUUUCCGUCUCUCUCACGCUCGGAUCCCCUAUUUUCGUUGCGAGUUACAAACACAAUCAUCGUAUAUUAAAGCAGAUCAAAUUAGUGUAUUGUUUCUCGAGCACGGGUACAAACCGUCUCGUCAGGUGUUCUAUAUGCGGUUUCACGUUAAUCCUAACGCGUGAGCCGCCAUCGUAAUAUCUUUCUUGCCUUUCGCACAAAAAACAACAUACAUAUCUAUAUAUACAUAUAUACGUAAAUAUAUAUAUAUAUAAUAUAUAUAUAAUUAUCUCGCUCAUACGACAAAACAAUCGCCCAAGCAAAGAUGAGCUUCCUGUUUGGAAGCCGUUCGUCUAAAACAUUUAAGCCGAAGAAAAAUAUACCUGAAGGAACUCAUCAGUAUGAUUUGAUGAAACAUGCUGCAGCGACGCUUGGAUCGGGCAAUUUGCGACUUGCGGUUAUGCUCCCCGAGGGAGAAGAUCUCAACGAAUGGGUGGCGGUCAACACUGUGGAUUUUUUCAACCAAAUCAACAUGUUGUAUGGCACAAUAACGGAAUUUUGUACAGAAGAGAGUUGUCCGAUAAUGUCGGCGGGUCCGAAAUACGAGUAUCACUGGGCGGACGGUCACACAGUUAAAAAACCAAUCAAAUGUUCGGCUCCCAAGUACAUAGAUUAUUUGAUGACGUGGGUUCAAGAUCAGCUGGACGAUGAAACGCUAUUUCCAUCGAAAAUUGGUGUACCGUUUCCAAAAAAUUUUUUAUCCAUUGCGAAAACUAUCCUGAAGCGAUUGUUUCGGGUAUAUGCGCACAUUUAUCAUCAACAUUUCAGCGAAGUUGUUCAACUGGGCGAAGAGGCUCAUCUCAAUACUUCGUUCAAGCAUUUUAUUUUUUUCGUACAGGAAUUCAAUCUUAUCGAGAGACGAGAACUGGCACCAUUACAGGAGUUAAUAGAAAAGCUAACGGCAAAGGAUGCGCGAUGAACGAUUAUUUUUCGGGUAAAUACCUCUCCUCGAAAAGGAAAGAAAGCACAGGACGAAAAGCAAAGCAGAGAAAAACCUUCCUCCAAAGAAUCUCAUUCGCGCUGUUCUCAUUUUCCUUCACUUCCGCUAACCACUGUACAAUUACUUCGCGUUAUUAUUUAAACUAAUAUUCGGAAAUGCUCCUCGAGCUUUCGAACUCGUAAUUUUUUCGAUAUUUAGGUAAAUUUUUUUUUUUUUUUUACUCGUUACCGCACAAAACGACAAACAAAAUGAUUGGAGUCAAAUGGAGGAUAUCAAUUUUAGUUUUUUACGUAUUAAUUUAAGUCCCAGAAGAUCGAAAUGCGCAGACAAAAAAGUGAAUACGGUACAGUCAACACACACAUACACACACGUGUAGCAACGUCGAGUACUGUUGAAUCGUUUCGCUAUGAUUUAUUGUCAUGCCUCCCGACCCAUAAUACUUAGGAUAUAUAUUUUUUUUGUUUCGAAUUUUAUUUCUCGUUUUUAACGCGUUGUCAAAGUUCGCAUCGUUAAAAUGUGAUCGAAAUCGUUUUUAUCGAUUUUUAAAUAAUUUUUUCGUUGCGAUUUCUUUCAUGCUCAUUCUCUGGGUUUCCAGACAAAAGUUUAAUUUAAAAAGUUCGUGUAUACUUUUCGUUUGAACCUGCAUAUAGAUAUUAGUAAAAAUAGAAAAUUUCGUUGCAUUCCAACGAUGCGAACGGCAACGUCCCUCUUAAAAUCGUUAUUUAUUAAUCUUCGUUGAAUCUUCCAUAUUUUCUCGAAAAUAACUUCUUCCUCCCCUUUUUCAUUGUUAUUUAUUUACCCCUUCUGUUCUCGAGUGCAUCGACAAAUUUUAUGAGAAAAUAUUUCUCCAAUACUUUUUUAUUUUUACCGCCAACGUUCCCGAGGCUCCACAGUCCAAGAGUUUUCGCGGUUUUGCGAAAUCUGAGAAUACAAAAAAACAAUGAGAUUCCACAUGAAUGAAAAAUAAAGUUUUUCUCUCUCAUUUUUACGCGACCGUAAGAAAAUCAUUAUCGCUGCAUAAGUAGUCGACAAAAGAUUUUUAAAUGGUACUUUUGUUCUUGCACUCAAUACUGAAAUAAAAUUCCAGACAAACGUGAGAAAUCUACAAUAAUAAUGGAAAAAAUUCAUCAAUUAUUCAUAAACAAUUGUUCGGGUCCAUAAAGCAUAUGCAAAUUUGUCGCAGCUCUUGAAAUUCCUUUUAAUGAGAUAAUUUGAGUAUCGAAUUUGCAAAUAUUGCACGUCCACUGCAAAAUGUUUCAUUGUUUGAACAAGACACUGCACCGGAUAAAGGUGGCCGAAUCUGAUGUUUUUUCUGGGAAAUAGUGAAGAACGAACGCGUUUUUUUUUCGAACAUCAAAUUACAUUUAACAAGAACCUUUGAAAGUCAUCUUAAAAAAUAAGAAAGCAAAAAAAUGUAGUCGAUGACGGGUGAUGCAAUUUUUCUCGUGACGUUUAGCGAUAAGCACUCCCCAAUGUAAACGGUCCAUCUGAAAACCAGAAACUAAACGAAUUGCUCGAGUUAAAAACAAAUCCCAGUCGUAUGCAAUCUUCAAAAUCGUUUUUGUUUUUUUGCCAGCUAGUGACAAACUGAGACUCGAGUAGUGUGGAAAAAAUUAGUGAUUUUUACAUGAAUAUGGAAUUUCGAUUUUUGAAAAAUGGGAUCAUCAACGAACCCGAAAAUCUUUCUUAUCGAAUCUUCUGGUUUCUACAUUCUUUGAUGAUUUCUAUAUGAAGGCUCUGGAAUACGUGUUGAGAAAUACUAAAGUAUGAAAACACCUGAUAUUUCAGAGAGAUCAAUCAUCAGUUGUAGGAAAAAAUCAUUGGCCCAAUUGAAUUGAAAAGGAAAAAUGACAGUAAAUAAUUAGUACUUUUUUUAAAUGAAUUUUUUGUCAGUAAAAAUGACUCGAAUUGCACAAAGUAUCUCGCGCCUUUUUUGUUUCUGUGGAGUAGACGAGGCGACCAAUUUUCGAGAUAAGCGAAACAAAAGUAGAUAAAAAGGAUGAACUUCGUUUCUUACAGACAAAGUUUUGUGGAGGAUUUCGAAAAUAGGGUUACGCGUGCUUUGUAGCUAUUUUCGUGUAUGUGCGCAUAGGACUUGACUUGACGAGAGAGAGAGAGAGAGAGAUAUUUUCUCGAGUCUCUUAAGAUAGGAUUUGAAUUGGAUAAUGGGAGAGCAGAAAAAAGCGUAAAAUUAAUAAUAAUCGAUGAAAAUUAGGUCGAUCGGACAGGCGAUUAAUGAGAACUAGAUUCCUGCAUGAUAAAUUUCGAUCGAAUUAAUCAUACUACAUAGUUGAAUAUAAAAAUUGGAAAAUAUUUCGGUACAUGAAUUUACAUGCGAUGUUGGGAUGCGAAUCGUUGAAAUGGGCCGAAAUUUCGUUGUUUCUUUGUUUGUAGUAUUUACAGAAAGAGCUCGUUUGAAAUUUGAAAUGUUACUCGCUCACUCACGAAAACAGCAACAAUUUCGCUGCCUUUCAACGAUGCGAUCUUCAACAUUCACUUUCUCCGACGAGAGAUUUCUUUCGAUAAAUAUUGAUCGAGGCAAAUAGCAGAAAAACGAAAAAACAAACAAAAAUCUAUUAUAUAAAUAAAUAACAAAAACGUAACGGUAAACACAAGAAAGGCCAGCUUUUUUCACGGUAUAAAUUACAAAGUCAGUCACAAUAUCUGGGCUCGAUGGACGGACUAAAAUUUAUUUUUUAUAUAACGCGCUGUUGCAAAAGUGUGAAAAAAAAACCAUUUUUCGGAUGCUAAAGUUUUUUCCGAAACGAAAAAACUGUGUUAUAUCCAAUAUUCUAGACUACAAUGCGUAUACUCACAUCGUGUGAAUGCCCGUGUGUGCGCGCGCCUGUCAAUGUGUGUAUGUGCGUGAGUGCGUUAUUCACGACGAACAAUGCUCUUUGAGGUUAAAAAAGAAAAGGAAAACACGAAGCAAUGAAUGCAACGUUCGCUGUGUUUUUAGAGCAUAUUUUUUUUACGAUAAAUUAGCGAUUGUGCGAAAAGAUAUGAACGAAGUGAAUAUUAUUACUAUAUAAGCUAUGUUACAAAGGUGAGAAAAAAUCGUGCGUGCGUUGACAAAGCGAGAAGGAACAUCGCAUCGACGCGAUAUGAAAAAUCGUGAGUGAGAGCUGAUGAGGUUAUGAAGUUGAAAAGAAAAAAAACAACAAAAAAAUGCACGUUUACGUAGCUGACUCUCUGCACACGCUAAAUAUUUAAGUAAUAUAACUUUACGUACCGAUUAAUUAAAUUAUAUUCAGUACUUAAAAUGACGAGUAUGAUGGAGAACACAAAGAGAGCGAGAGAGAAAGAACAAGUAGAAUUCAGCGAAUAACGAUUCGAAGAUGAAAACAUUCGAAAAGAAAGAAGGGGGAAGGGACAGAGAGAAAUCUUGUUGAUAAAUAAAUCGACGUUUUAGGGUUUUUUUAUAAUGAAAAAAAUAAGCUUAUGUAUCGACUGUUAAGCUUCGUAAUUGUAUGUAGAGAUUUUCGUCGAAACUUGUAAUUCACGCAGUGCUCGAACGGGUGAAGAGAGAAACAACGGAGUCAGCAAACAUGCAACAGCUUCACCGUCGCCUUCGAAAAGGAUAAACAAAACAUAACCUUGCCUUCGAAAAAGUAUGAGAGAAAAAACAAUCCAAUGAAAAUCCCGAAAGAAUAAUAUAUAGAGAAAUCUCCGUUUCCCCAUUCCUUUGUUUUUUCUUCUUCACGACGAUACACACACACUAUAAUUAUUCAAAGUUCUCGAUUCUCACGCAUCCGAGGUGCUAUCGACGAAAAGACGAGUCCAGGAAAAUGCUUCGCAUCCCUUGGAUUUUUCAAUUACAACUUUUCAUUUGUUUGUUGUAAAGCGAAAUACGUUCACAAUAUUCGUUCGUGAAGUUCAAAAUUUCGUAUAAAAAUGCACAGGUACGUAGAAGUUUGCGGUUUUCUUACAGAACGAAAAAACGAUUCUUUUUCGUACACACACACAAACACACACGCGCGCGCGCGCGCGCGCGAGCCUCCUCGAUUUUCGAGAGACCAAAAUUGGCGCAGCAAGUUACACACGACGGUCUGUGAUUUGUGACGAGAAACGUUGAAUUUCCCACUUCAAUUGCUUUCGUGCGACACACUUUUUUUCACGAUCAUUUCAACCAAACUUUCGUCCAAUAUUCUCCAUGACGUCGCGUGGCAACUCUGUCCAAUGCAAAUAAAGAAGAAUGAUGAAUUCUUCAUUCGCUUUAGCGACCCUAGUGAUAAUAUCUGUGCAAUGUAUAUAGUAUUUUUCUCAAAUAAACGAAGGCUCGAUGUAAUCAGGAAA